AUGUAUGCCAGUCGAGAGGAUAUUGGGUAUGAUUUUGGAGAUGACUCAAAAGUUGGAAGUAAGCCAAUUAAGCCUAAUCCAAACAUCGAUGGAGGAUGGGCUUGGAUGAUUGUAUUUUCCUCUUUCCUUGUGCACAUACUUAUCAUGGGGUCCCAAAUGGCCCUUGGAAUACUCAACAUGGAGUGGCUUGAAGAGUUUAAUCAAAGUCGUGGCUUAACAGCAUGGGUUAGCUCUCUUAGCAUGGGCAUUACACUUAUUGUAGGUCCUUUCAUUGGUUUAUUCGUUACCAUGUGUGGGUGCCGCAAAACAGCAAUAAUUGGAGGGAUAUUGAAUGCCCUAGGCUGGAUAUUGAGUGCCUAUGCCUCAAAUGUGCACUACCUCUUCCUUACAUUUGGAGUGACAGCCGGCAUCGGGAGUGGCAUGGUUUAUCUGCCUGCAGUGGUCAUGGUAGGACAGUAUUUUCAGAAGAGAAGAGCACUUGCACAAGGACUCAGUACCACAGGAACAGGGUUUGGAGCUUUCUUAAUGACAGCCUUGCUGAAGUACCUCUGCAGGGAGCUUGGGUGGAGAAAUGCCAUGUUCAUCCAGGGUGCAAUCUGCCUGAACCUUUGUGUCUGCGGGGCACUUAUGAGACCGCUUUCUCUCAAAGACGUAAAUGAAAAGUACGUUGUAAGACGUAAUAGUGAAGAUAAUCGGGCAAAAGCUCUGUCCCACUCUGCAGAGACUAUAAAAUCCAAUGGAGUCCUCAGUGAAGAACCAGAGAAAAAGGAAGUGAUAAAAAAUGAAGAAGUGCUUGAUAAUAUUAAGCACAUAGAAAUUGGAGGUAAAUCUCGGAUUGGAAAAAGCAUGUAUGGACUGCGCAUUCUUAAGACAGUGAGCCAGCUGACAAUUACAGUCAGGAAGGGCUUUGGAAUCUGGUACUCCAGUUACUUUGGAGCUGCAUCACUGUUCACCAACAGAGUGUUUGUGGCCUUUAUAAUCUGGGCUUUGUUUGCCUAUAGCAGCUUUGUCAUUCCCUUUAUUCAUCUUCCAGAGAUAGUCAAGCAGUACAAUUUAUCUAGUCAGAACAAUAUAUUUCCUUUGACGUCCAUUAUAGCAAUUGUUCAUAUUUUUGGUAAAGUGAUCCUUGGAAUCAUCUCUGAUCUGCCUUGCAUCAGCACUUGGAAUGUCUUCCUCAUGGCUAACUUCACCCUGGUCACCUGCAUUCUUACUUUGCCACUAAUGCAAACAUACAUUAGUUUGGCUGUGGUCUGUGCUCUAAUAGGAUUUUCUAGUGGCUACUUUUCUCUAAUGCCUGUUGUGACUGAAGAUUUGGUUGGAACUAAACACCUUGCAAAUGCCUAUGGCAUCAUCAUUUGUGCCAAUGGAAUAUCUGCAUUGCUUGGACCACCCUUUGCAGGUUGGAUCUAUGACAUCACACAUAAAUAUGAUUUUUCUUUUUAUAUAUGCGGCUCGCUAUAUAUGGUGGGAAUAUUAUUUUUAUUUAUACAACCUUAUAUUGGAAAGAAACAAUCACAAGAAAAAUCUACUGAAGAGGCACAAGUAUAGAAUGAAUUCCAGAUGUUCGGGGUUUUU